CGCGUUUUAUUUCUUAUUCCUACGUCACUUACAGGCAAUACUGAUUGUAUAUCACAUUAAAGACGCGUCUUUGUGGAAAAUAACCAUCAAAUAAACAUUUUCACCGACGUUAAUUUAGGAGAAGACAUCUGAAUCCGACUGGGCUAUAAACAGUCCACAGCGAGACAACAAGCAAGGACAUGCAGAGGAGAGGUCAUUGAGGAGGAUGACAACAGAAGAACAGACGACGGCGAAGGAGGGAUGAGAAAGAGACUGAAAUAAGAGGAGGAAGUGGAACUCCAAAGUGCCUACUGCGAGGAGUCGUCUGCUGCUGGAUGAGAGCAGGACGGGGCUCAGUGUGUGUUUGGCCUUGAAUGGAGGCUAUAUUUUAUCCUGACAGCUACAGAGUCAUCCACCCCACGUUGCUGAGCUGCAGUCCCCACAUACCCUGAGCUGAGCCGCCACAUCGUCUCAUCACUGCGAGGACACCAUCCCUAUAAGGUUCUGCUUUUGUUUUUGUCCUACAGAAAUCUUCUUUCUCAGGCCGUUCACACAUAACCACAGUGACUGCCCCGGCCAUGUUGACGUGAAUGUAACGGUGACUUACGGUGGGCGUCGAUUCAGGUGAAGGCACAGACGCUCAGUGUCACAUGCCAGAGUGAUGUCCUCAGAGUAGACAGAGCUGGCCUCUGCUCACAGUCUGCCCCUCUAUCUCAAACUUCAGCUGCCACUUUUCCCAGGAAGAGCUAAUAAACAUCCCCCAAAAUACACCAACCGAAAGGACUCGCUGCCAAUUUGCGGCGAGGAAAAACAGAAAAUAUUUUUGCUUCUGUUUUGCUGGGGAUUUUUCUUGCAUCACUAUUAGUCACCCUUGCUCUCAUCAGACAGUUUUCCAUCCAUCUGCCUUUGCCCGGCUCCGUGUUUGUUUGUGAGCAAUUCUGAUGGCUGUCAACAUGACCAUGGGACGGGACACCAAAUGGCUGACCCUGGAAGUGUGUCGUGAGUUUCAGAGAGGCACCUGCUCGCGGUCGGAUGCCGAGUGCAAGUUUGCUCACCCCGCCCGGAGCUGCCAUGUGGAGAAUGGCCGAGUCAUCGCUUGCUUUGACUCACUCAAGGGGCGCUGCACCCGUGAGAACUGUAAAUAUCUGCACCCACCGCCGCACCUGAAAACCCAGCUGGAGAUUAACGGGAGGAACAACCUGAUCCAGCAGAAGGCCGCGGCGGCCAUGUUGGCUCAACAGAUGCAGUUCAUGCUGCCCGGAGCACAGUUGCAGCCCAUGACAACAUUCCCAAUGACGCCCUCCCUGGCAGCAUGUCCCAGUAUGGCAUUCAGUCCAUAUCUGAGCCACAUGGGCCCAGGCAUGGGCCUGAUGCCUGAGCUGCUGCCCAGUACUCCCAUGCUGGUCCCUGGGAGUCCCACCGGCCUAGCAGCUAUGGGCAACGGCACUUCCGGACAAAAACAUGUGCGCACAGACAAGCUGGAGGUUUGUCGAGAAUUCCAGCGCGGUAACUGCACGCGGGGUGAGAGCGACUGCCGCUACGCUCACCCCCUGGAGGCCGGCAUGGUGGACUGCAGCGAGAACUCGGUCAUCGUCUGCAUGGACUACAUUAAAGGCCGCUGCAGCCGAGACAAGUGCAAGUACUUCCAUCCCCCGGCUCACCUGCAGGCCAGGAUCAAGGCUGCACAGCACCAAGCCAGUCACAACACAGCGUCCGCAGGCCUGGGUCUGCCUCCAGGUGGCAUGCAGCAGCUACCAAAGAGGCCGAUUUUAGAGAAGAGCAACGGAGGUGCUGCCGCCAUCUUCAACCCCAGCAUGUUCCACUACCAGCAAGCCCUGGCUAACAUGCAGCUCCAGCAACAAACCUUCAUCCCCACUGGCUCUAUUAUGUGCAUGAUGCCCUCAGGAGACAUUGUUCCCAUGAUGCACGGUGCCACCACCUCCACUGUUUCGUCGGCUUCGACCCCAGUCGCCAAUGUUCCUUUCGCUGAAUCUGCCGCCUCGAAUCAGACGCCUCCGAGCUUCUGACUCCUGAUCCCGUGGAGCUCCAGUGUGUUCCCAUGGAAACCCAUUUCUGUCCCGUCCCCAAACUGCUGAUGGCGGCUCCGGUGGCGCUAAACUCAGUAAGCCUUUCCCGAAACCCCAGUUAAAGUCCCUGAAACCUGCGCACUACCAGGGCGGUCAUCUUUCCUGAAUGCAGCAAACAUGUGCCUCGCCUACAGUGCACACUGACUGAGUGUGAAACUUCUUAUGAGAAUUAUUAUGAAAGAGAGAAAAACUGCGAUUGGUUGACGCAAUACAAGCCUGGACGUAUUACUGUUGCUUUAAAGCAGCCAUCCUGAUGCAUACUGACUCGAUCAGGCUGAGCAAUAGAGCUCCCUCGUUCUUACAGCCAUACAUGCCCACACCUUAAAAGUGCAGCAGGCACACACACACACACACACACACACACACACACACACACACACACACACACACACACAUUGAAGACUACUUGCCCUUUAUGGGUUGGAGCCAUCACAUGAGGUGACCCAACACUUUUGACUGUUCCAAAGUCAGAAACUUUGAAAAGCCUAUUCUGGAAGUUCAAGUGGCAAAUGGACCUGCCGCUGGGCUAGAACCAGUAUGUGUUGUCAAGAUGAAAGAGUGUUUCAUAUCAUGUCAUGUUUACGUUUCAAGAUGGCUACAAAUGUAACAUUGGUGUUGUGCCAUGUUUCAGUGUGUUCUCAUGGUCUCAUGUUGAUGAAACGCCAACAGGUUGUUGUUAAUUUGUUUGUGCCUUUGAUUUAUCUGCUCAGCUGUAGAGGAGACUUAGUUUCAACAAAAUAAUUCUAAACACUUGACAGCACACAUUGAAACAUGUUGUUAUUGUGCAAUUAAAGGCAAUAUCUGUUGUUACCAAAAUACCGUGUAUCAACCUUUAGCUUCUAUUGUAAGAACAUCUAGGAAUAACCGUGAUCGCCACUUUAAAUUUAUUUUGUUUCAUGAAUGUUGAUUAUGAUUUCCCCCCCCCCCCCCCCCCCCCCCCCCCGGUUUCACAGUCAGUAUCUGGUACCUAUUGGCUAAAAGCAGCAAAUGAGGCUUUACUUCUCAUGUAAUGCAUCAAAAAGCUUGACAGAGGGACAUAACAUGAGGAUACAAUCACUUCUCUUCUAAAGGGGCUGAGUUGAGAGAUUUUUAAUUUCUUGAUUUGAAGAACAAACUGCCUUAAAGCAGGUGAUGUUAUUAAAACAGUGUCUCUGCGGUAUAUUUAGUCACGGCUGUGAUGGGUAAUUGUCUAAUGACAGAAAACAAAGGUUUGUUUGUCCCGUUUGGUUUAAAAGAAUGACAAUCUACAGGCGAUGAGUCUCAGCCACAAACCCAGAUGUGUUCAACUCGCCCGAAAUCAUAGUAAAAACAAAAUGAUCUUCCUGAGAGUCAGAUCUAAGAUGAAUUAUUUGGUACUUCUUAUUAAGCGUCCACACCUGAUGUCAGAGUUAUUGCACUGAUGGGAGCCGGAUUUGUUUCCUGAUGUUGUGCCUAAAGUCUGUGUGUGCCAAGUGCUGGUUGAGUUCCCCCCCCCCCAUUUAGUGCAAUACCAGAAUAAUGAAAGUCUCCCUCUCAAACUCAGAUGCAUUUUAAAAAGGCAGUUUGUCUGUGUAGUUCUCUCCUUUCAUGCGGCUUUUGGAUUGAAUACGUGGCACAAGAUUUUUAUGUUUUACGGCUCUUCAGGGAGAAAGCUUAGAACUUGAAAAUGUCCCGUCUGACUUUAUAAUGUGUCGUCUUUUCUACUGAUGUGUCCUGUUUGUCAGAAGUAGUCAGACUCUGAAUAUUGCAGCCAGAAUUGCGUAAUGGUAAAGUCAGGAGAUGGAGGAAUAAAUCACCCGUUUGAUGUCUGAUGGUAAAGAAAAGAAGAGAAAACUGUUUUUGGUUUUCAAAUGUCUGAGUAAAUUGCUUUAGGUGCGAAAAAUUGAACGUAACGGCUCUGGAAACCGGGCUCAAAUCACUUUUAUCCAAAUUCAAAUGUGCCUCUUUUAAGUCUCCUCAAACCACCACUGUCUACACACUGUACGAACAGACCAGUGCUCAAAGAUAGAUGUGUUAUUUGGUACGUUAUUAUAACAGUAAAUCACAUCUGUGCUAGUUUCUUCUCUGGGACAGCUGUGCUGUCUUAUUAUGGUUUAUGUGAAGAAGAUCUGUGAGUUGUGUGGAUACUUACGUGUUGAAAAAGACAAUGAAUCACAUAUUUGGUUAGUUGUAAAUGCUGCAGAUAUUACGGCAUUUCCCACUGAACAUUAUUCAUUUUAAAUAAUGUUAUUGUGUUGUGAAUGUAUUUAAUGCAAAAACUCUACACAUGCCCUUCUAAAAGACCGGCAUGUUGAAAUGUAACAAUUCACUAUAUAUCAUGAUCUAUCUCCGAGGUCACAUAGUUACCAUGCUGAUACUUUGUUAAGACAUAUUAAAGUAUGUGUAUUGUUAUAUAGAUUUAUAUUUAAUGUCAAUGGAUGGUGUGACUACUUUUAGAAAUAUCUUUCACUCUCAGAAGAGUAGAGCAGAACUACUUUUUGAAGUACAAAUGUUCACCGUACAUUACAGUACGAUUUCUUACAGUCGGUUGUUGAAAGUUAACCCUCCCUUCGAAAGAACCCAAAGUGCCCAAAAUGCACCGAUAAACAACGGUAUAAUCACGGGGGGGGGAAAUGUGAAAAUCAGCAUGCUAACCUUCUAUUUUUUUUUUUACCUGGGGAGAUUGUAAGCAGAAGUAACAGACAGAACAUCCAGUAGGAGUUGCUAGUGCUGCGUCAAGGAUGUAAUCCCUCACCUGCUUCCCACCCAUUAACACUGCCAACUAUGUUCAAUGGGAACAUCUUGGAAUCACCGCUCCCUGGGAUUGACCCUUGGUUUGACUGGGUGAAAGCUUCCCCCCCCCCCCCUUUUUCCACCAGUGAGCUACGUUAACUGUAGCAACUGUACCUUAAGUUCACGUUGAGUUGGUAUAAAUGUGUCCCUUAAAGGAACAGUGCUUUCUUUCCAAGUUAGAUGAGACGAUUGAUACCGCGCUCAUGUUUGUGUGACCACUUAGCAUAAAGACGGGAAACUAUGAGAAAUAGUCUGGAAGUGACAAAAUGCACUGAACAGCACUUCUAAAACUCUCUAAUUAACACAUCUUUUUUGAUUAAUCAGCACAAAACCAGAAAUAUAAACUCGACAGUUUGUAGCUUUAGUGCGAGUUAUGUACUGUAACUAUGGCUAUGUUCAAAAGCACUCGUUUGAUCACUAUGUGAUGUUGACACUAUUUCUAAAUUACCUCAAACCAAAUUUGGCAUUUCUGGUUACUUAUAGGCAUACAUACAUUAUACUACAUGUACAUAUGUUUCUACAAUAAGCUAAUAUUGGCUAGCUAGCUUCCCCCUUGUGUUUGGUCUUUAUGCUAAGCUAAGCUAAAUGUUUCCUGGUUUGAGUAUCAAUCUUCUCAUCUAAUCCGCUCAAAGAAAGUGAAUAAGCGUAUUUCCCUUUACCUUUUAUUUACAUGGUGGAUCCAACCUUACGCAGCCUCUUAUAUGCCGGUCAUCGUACAUCUGUAAAGAAAUGUACGUCUUCUCCUAUAACCCUGUUUUUGACUGCUUUGAACAGCUACAUUUUCUCAAGUCUUUGAACAGAAAUAUUUCUCUCCUACUCGAUGAAAUUGAUGAUUCGAAUGUCCAGACGAUUUUUAGAUUGUCUAAAUCUUAAAGCUUUUAAAGACUCUCCCUCUAGCCUUCAUCUCCUCCCCCUUCACAUCAUUACGCCUUCACUGACUGCUGUCCAGCUGGAAAACAAAAGAAUACUUGAUUAAUAAAUUGUGCCUCUUGAUGGCAUUUGAAUUUCUAAGUACAUAGACGUAUGUAUCGAUGCACAAGAGCGAGUUAAAGGAAUUGCAGUGUGGCACGAGAAUAUUUAGUUUUUACCUCUCUCCCUUUCUCUUGUUCUUGAUUUCCUGCAGGCCUCACUAUUCAUGAAUCACAACUCUGUAAUAUGCAAAACGCUCUGAUCAUUGUGUCCAGUGAACAGAUCCUUUUAGCAUGUGGACGUUUAGUUCGUUCUGAGCAUACUUCUGUUGCCCGGGGCACAAAGGGCCUUAUUUCUUGAUCACUGUAUAAAGAUGUGAUAGCUGUGUAUGAAAGUGACAUGUAUUAAUGGUAAGUUAAGCUUUUCUUUUUAAAACUGACAUUAAAAAAAACACAGCAUGGAAAUAAAAAACUCAUUUAUACAUAGUUAAUAGUUUGUGUAGACAAACAAGAAAAAAAAAGAUAUAACAUGAAAAUCAUUUGUAUACAAUGAUGGAGUCAUUGUUCAUGGUAAUUGUUGCUGUGGCAACAAAAUGACAACAUGGCUACCUUUCUAUUAUCCUACUUGUGAUUAUAUUUUUCACAUUAAUUGAAAUAGCAUACAUCACUAACUUAUUCAAAAAGGGAAUGUCUAAUUAGUUUGUCUUGUUAUUGCGACGUGAUAAAAUAUUUUGUAUGGAAAACUUAAAUCCUUGUAAUAUCCAAAGGUCCUUAGGGGAGAUCAGGUGUAUAUUUUGUUUUGUUUAUUUGACCUUAAUUGUUUUUUGUUCUUGUACAUGGUGUUUUUGAGAAAUAAGAACGGACUUUUAAAGCAAACGCCUAUCUGUCAGGAAGGUAAAGAGGCUUUUGGACUCAUCUUUUUCAGUAAACUAGUCAGCAAUCCUCACUGUUCCCCUCCUCGCUCAGUUCUCUGUGUGGAGGCCGAGCGCUCAUCAGUGAGUUAUGUUUCAGUUUUGGCCAAGAAGGCGGUUCAGAAGUCUCUUUGUGCCCAGCUGUGCUGGGUGAUGUCGAUCCUUGCUGAGGUGUAUACGAAUGUGUGAUGUUCACCUUGUUUGCACUUAUGUACAUAACUAUGUCAAAAUACUCAAAAUUUAUUUUGAAUAAAUAUAGAUAAGAGUUGAUUAAAAAUCUAAUCAAUGUAUUGUUAAUGAUAUGAGUAUGUCUAUCAUUUUAUUACAGUAUAAAAAGAUCUGUACUUUUGUUUGUUUGUUUGUUUGCUAGAGCCUUGUUCUUUGCCAAGCAUGACAUUUCCUAGCCACGAUGGUUUGCUUUAAAAAACUUUUUUCUAUUCAUUUACUGUAACAUCUGACCCUGACAUCAAACACGAGAGGUGGAUUAGAAGAAGUAGUCGGUCUGAAAUAAUGAACCAGUACUAACCUUGUCUUUAAAUGCUCAUCAUGAACACAUGAAUGCGGGUGCGUUCCUCUCUCCAGUAAUGCACCAAAAUAAAGCACAGAGUAGCUCCACCUGCAGGCUGAAAAGCAGCUGGGAAGAAAAGAGGAGCAGAUAAAGAAAUCAGAGGGAGAUGGAUGUGUUCACAGGGUUUUAAAUCUACUUUACUUUUGUGUUUUCAUUCUUUGCUCCCUUGUUGUCAUUAACCAAAACAACAAUAAAUCUGAAUUCUCCUCAGGAUUUUAGUCAAAAUUGCGAACAACCUGGUUUUCCAAUGUUAUUCUUGCAGCAGCAGCAACAUCGUGAACGUAGCUCUGUUCCUGCAGAUUUGGACAUGUGACGCGUUUUAAUUUUAUUAAAGACAGCAAUUGUGUUGCCAUGGCACUUGUCCUAGUGGGGGAUUGACUGAAUCAUCCUGCUGAAUCGGUUCACAGCCCUCUGACUCCACAUGUGGAGAGGACUAACAAUACUGUGGGUUUCCAGUCAUAAGCAAGUGAAUAAGACUGUGAUUUAGUUUUUAAAUUGAUUUAUUGUUGUCAUUAUUUGAAAACAAUUCAGUUGUAAUUGUGCCUUUAUCAUGCAAGAUGUAGUUUUUUCUUUUUUGUUCCACAUUUAAAUUGACUUAAAACAGUACAUGUAUUGAGUGUUUGUAAAACGUGUCCCUUUAUUUAAAAUCCUUUGUUGGUGAGUUUAUUAAAUUGGGUACAGUCGCAGACUGAAUGGCAACCCGUGGAAGAUGAUGAGGGCCAAAGACUGUUCAGGACUAAGCCAUAUGAAAAACUCUCUGACACUCUAGGACAGACUUGAAAUUGACUGCUGUUUCUUCGUCAUCUAUCGUUUCACUCUGUUUUCUGCUUGUGGUGCUUGUAUGUGCUGCUGUGCUACAUGCCAAUUUAUUUUGCAGUGUAUAGCUAUUAAGAGUAAGUUACUGUGCCUAUGAUGAUUUCUGCGAUUUCUGUUUGACCUUUAAUAAAACACAUAAUUGUGA